AUGGACAACAGAAACGCCCAAAUGUACGUGGAGUGUAGGAUCAAGGCUCCAGAGGCCCGGCCAAGUCCUGGCCUGAGGACUGCCAGCAACAGGGCUGGUGUUGAGCCCACCAUAUCAGAAGUCAGCCAGGUUGUGUUUACAGAUGCUGAAGGGAUAGACAGUGGGAAGCAGCCCUCAUCAGAACCAGGAGAGCCAGAGGACGGGCCCAGACACAGAGAGGCAUCAGAGGAGGGGUCUCCAGAGCUCAGCACCCAGGAGCAGAUGCCUCCGGCGGGGCCAAGGAUGAAGCAGUCAUCUUUGGUCCCCCAGGACGGGCCCGGGGAGCUUCAAGCAGGCCAGGAUCAGGCCACGCCAGGAAGUGAGCUGGAGGUGCUGCCCUCCAGGGUCCCUGCAGCACAGGAAAGGCUGCAGCAGCAGAGCUCAUGGAAGGUGACCGAGGACCAACAGGGGAGCCAGCAGAACCUAGGGACUGUGGAGGGUCAGUUCCCCGAGAGCCGCCAGGACCCAGAGUGUCAGCCCUUCCCAGGUCACCUGGCCGCCAAUGAGUCAGACAUAGUGCAGCCAACAGAGCCUUGUUGCACCUUGGGCAGCCGUGGACAGCAACUGGGGAACAAGCCUCCCAAGGAAGUGGACACCCCACCCAUCAGGCCACAGGGCGCUCUGCCAGAGCCUGGCUCAGGGGGACAUGAGGACAGUCUCCAGGAAGCAAUGUCCUUAAUGCCCACGGCAACUCUGGAGGAAAAGACGGCCCACUCUUCCCCACCAUCUAUGCCAAGACCUAACACACCCAAAGAAAGGAGGCGAGGGACAACGGAGUGA